AUGCAGCAACCGCACGAGUACGACGACUGGUUCGCGCACGCGGACGCCGAUGGCGACGGCCGCGUCUCCGGCGCCGAGGCCGUGCACUUCUUCAUGCGCGCUGGGCUCCCGAAGACCGAUCUCGCCAAGCUCUGGGACGCGGCGGACCACGAACGGGAGGGAUCGUUGGAUCGACGGGCGUUUUCGUUGGCGUGCGCGCUGAUAGGAGCGUUGCAGCAGUACGGAACGAUCACGAGAGACGUGUUCGAUCGCGCGCUUGCGGGAGAUACGCGAGGAUUUCCAAAGCCGAAGAUGCAAGGGUUGGAGUUACCGGCGGCGCCGACGGCGACGACGAGUCAACCGCCGGUUGCCGCGGCGACUGGCGGGACGUUUGGGAACGUUGCGCCGUCGCCCACGAUGGAAUUUACGUCGCCGCCGAAGGACGAUUUAUUCGCUAUAUCGAGUGGGGUCGAUGAUUUCGCGCCGGUGGCGCCGGCGCCGAUGGAGCGAGCGCCGGCGCCCGUCGCGCCGACGAGUCUCGCGUUUGACGCGCCUCCGCGCGCGACGUCGGUAGAGCACACGGUGCAGGCGUAUCAAGCGCCUGCAGUUGCCGUACCCGUGGCGCCGGAGGCGAACGUUGAUUGGCCGGUGAUCGGUCCGAAUGAUUGGCAGCGAUAUCAACAGAUUUUCCUUUCGAACACGAACGGGAACCCGGAGGGACGGUUGAGCGGGCAGCAAGUGGCGCCAAUUUUACUCGGUAUGAACGCGCCUAAGCAAGUAUUGAAAGACGUGUGGGAACUUAGUGACUCCGACAAAGAUGGGUCUUUGGUUUGGACAGAAUUCGUCGUGGCGGCUUACCUCACGGAACAGGCGAGGAACGGCUUGAUGCCUCCCAAAUCGCUUCCGCCCGGGCAAUUUCCACCAUUUAGCAUGACGGCGGGUGAGCAACCCGCGCCAGUAGCUCCCGUCGUUCCAGAAGCCGCGCCAACAUCAGUGCUACAGGUGAACGCGGUCAUGACGGACGGGUUAAUGACACCUAGCAUCGCGCGAGAGCAGUUACAAAACAUCACCGCACCCGCGCAAGCGGCACCGCAAGUGAAUGAGGCUUACACAUACAGAGGGCCAAUGGCAAACAUCGACGCCAUCCCUGAACAAGAUCGUGAUUUGGCGGGAAAGGUCAAGGAAAACGCGGAGAAGAGCGAUCGGCAAUUGUGGGAACAAGAAAUGAACGAGCGACAGAACGUUCUGAGCGCGCACGCGGCUCAAGAAGUGUUGGCAAAUCUCGCAUUGUUUGUUCGUAAAUGCGAAGCCGGAAUGACAGAAGCGUCCUACAGGGCACAAGUUGCCGAAUCGCAAGUCAUCGAACUUAGGCAGAAAUGUGAGGUGAUGGAAGGACGUGUGACGCAGCUCGUCGAACAACUGGCCGGACCCAUUGAGCGCAUCGAGGCGAGCAAGAAGGAACACGAGGAAUUGAGUGCGCGAUACCAGCAACUCGAAGAGCGUCACGCCGAGUUGUCGCAGAACGCGUCGCAGCAAAAUCAUUCGCAGAUGAUGCAAGAUAACGUGAGUCUGCGUGCGAAAGUCGAGGCGAAAUCCACGCAAAUAGUGAUGGAGGAGACGCGCGCGAGUCAAGCCGCGACAACGUCGUUGAGCGCUCAGAUGCGAGAAACGCAGCUCACAGCGACGCAACCGCCUGCGACAGCGGCGUUGAUGGAUUUCGGCGGCGUUUCGGCGGCGUCCACAAAUAUAUCACCGGCCUCAGCCAAUGCGAAGAGCACUUUCGAAGAGUGGGACAAUUGGGGCACGACGGCGCGCGAAGAGGCGUCGACUCAAACGCGAGCGUCGUCGAUGCCCGCGCAGCGGCACCGAAAAGUCCCAUCCGAAAUCCCCGCCGUCACCGCCGCGCUCAUCGAAGGCGACGGCGGCUUUUUCGAUAGCAUCGACUCCGACCCGUUCGGCCAAUCGAACGAGUCGACGUCGCCCGCUCCCGCCAUUCCUCCGUCGUCCUUCGGCGACGACCCCUUCGGCGCGCCGCCGCCGACGCCGCCCGGCGACUACGACGACCCUUUCGGCGCGCCACCAUCCCCCGGCCCGACGCCGCCGCAGAGCGCGCGCGCAUCUUUCAUAGACAUCGAUCCAUUCGCGAUGUGAGUGCUCGCCCUAGCUCGGCGCGAGCGA